CUGAAACCAUUCCAAAAGUAAACAUCCUAAAACGACAGUGGACUGGAGAGUGCAGCGAGCCAAUAUCAUAAUCGUCAUUCAAUUUAGGUUUGAAACUUUCAGAACCGAAUAGCUGAACUCACGGAUUGCGGAUUGGUGAUUUGGAAAAUAAGCACCGAUUGAGCCUUUGCUGUUUUCCUCUUGCGACUUGUGGACCUGCGGUCCUCUCUUGCGAGUUCUGCCUCUAAGGCACCAACUGACACAGGUGGGGAAAAACGCUGAUCCUUAUCAUUGGUUCAAGAGACUUCUCAUUUCUGUGACUAGCUGACUCCAGUUAUAUAUCCAAUGGCUGCUCAUAUGAACAUGGAGAUUGAGGAUGACGAUGAUUAUGUUGAGUAUGUUCCUGUUGCAAAACGAAGGGCGCUCGAGGCACAGAAAAUCCUACAGAGAAAGGGCAAAUCUGCACCGUUAGAAGAGGAAACUGAAAAGAAAAAACAAGUUGAGGCAAAGCCGAGCUUACUUGUGAAGGCUACUCAGCUAAAGAAGGAAAUGCCAGAGGUGAGUGUGACUGAGCAAAUGGUUCAGCAAGAGAAAGAAAUGAUUGAGCAUCUUUCUGACAGAAAGACCCUGAUGUCAGUGCGUGAACUUGCAAAAGGGAUUACCUACACAGAACCUAUGUUCACUGGUUGGAAGCCUCCAUUAGCCAUCAGAAGGAUAGCAAAAAGAGCUCGUGACACCAUUCGUAAGCAGUGGCACAUUAUUGUGGAUGGAGAUGAUAUCCCUCCGCCCAUUAAGAAUUUUAGAGAUAUGAGGUUUCCGGACCCUAUCCUGGACAAGCUUAAAGCUAAGGGAAUUGUUCAACCGACUCCAAUCCAGGUACAAGGAUUGCCUGUCAUCUUGUCCGGAAGAGAUAUGAUUGGAAUAGCAUUUACAGGAUCAGGGAAGACGCUGGUUUUUGUGUUACCGCUUAUCAUGGUGGCCCUGCAGGAGGAGAUAAUGAUGCCUAUUGUGCCUGGAGAAGGGCCAUUUGGAUUAAUCAUUUGCCCAUCUAGGGAGCUUGCACGACAGACAUAUGAAGUAAUAGAAGAGUUCCUAGAGCCUUUAAGGGGGUUUGGGUACCCUGAGAUAAGACCUCUAUUAUGCAUUGGAGGAAUUGACAUGAAGUCCCAGCUAGAUGUGGUGAAAAAAGGAGUUCAUAUUGUGGUUGCAACACCUGGAAGACUUAAAGAUAUGCUUGCUAAAAAGAAAAUGAGCCUUGACAAUUGCAGAUAUUUAACACUAGAUGAAGCGGACAGAUUAGUUGACCUUGGUUUUGAAGACGACAUCAGGGAAGUGUUUGAUCAUUUUAAAGCCCAAAGGCAAACUCUACUUUUUUCUGCCACAAUGCCCACAAAGAUCCAAAACUUUGCGAGAAGUGCUUUGGUUAAACCCAUAACAGUGAAUGUUGGAAGAGCUGGAGCAGCUAACUUAGAUGUUAUCCAAGAAGUAGAGUAUGUGAAGCAGGAGGCUAAGCUGGUUUACCUUCUUCACUGUUUGCAGAAAACGCCUCCUCCUGUUUUAAUAUUUUGUGAGAACAAAGCUGAUGUGGAUGACAUACACGAGUACCUGCUUUUGAAAGGAGUGGAAGCUGUUUCUAUUCACGGAGGAAAGGACCAAGAAGAGAGGGAGUAUGCCAUUUCAUCAUUCAAAGCAGGAAAGAAGGAUGUGUUGGUGGCAACUGAUGUUGCCUCCAAAGGUCUGGAUUUUCCUGAUAUUCAGCACGUGAUAAACUACGAUAUGCCUGCUGAAAUCGAGAACUACGUCCAUAGGAUCGGGCGAACAGGUAGGUGUGGCAAAACAGGAAUUGCCACAACGUUCAUAAACAAAACUCAGAGCCCAACAACCCUUCUUGAUCUGAAACAUCUCCUGCAAGAAGCCAAACAAAGGAUUCCUCCUGUUCUCGCUGAACUUGAAACUCCAGGGGAGAAUGAUGAUGCAAUCACGAACGCAAGUGGGGUCAAAGGUUGUGCCUACUGUGGUGGUCUUGGUCAUCGUAUUGGUGAUUGCCCCAAGCUUGAGCAUCAAAAGAGCCAGCAAAUCGCCAAUCAAAGGCGAGAUUACUUUGGAUCUGGCGGAUAUCGAGGAGAAAUUUGAUUUUCUAUUUUGUAUUUUAUUAUAUUUUGUUCGUUUAAUUUGCUACUCAUUUUAAUUUAAUCUUUUGUAGCACAGUUGUUAUCUACACCUUUGCCCCUUGUACUUAUGUACAGAUGAGAAAUAUGAACUUUAUGUAUCAGUGUGAUUGCUCUGUUUGGGCUUGUUUGUGAGGAUAUACUUCGUAAUAGAGUUUAUUUACUCAGCGUCUCAACACGGC